CCACAGUGUCCCCAUUCAUCGCUCAUUUCCAUUCAUUCCUCUUCAGCUCGUCAUCGCGACCUUUUGACUAGCAUCACCAACCGUCGACAACUACUCUCCUUUUCUCAAUUCAACGGUCGAUCGGUAACCUCGCGUCUCCAACAACCAACCGAACAGCAUCUAUCUAUUACCUUGGACAAGCACACUACCGAUUCAAAUACCGGAACCAGUAAUAGAAGAAACUGGGAGAUUACGGACGAACAAACAAACAAUACGAUCAAUUCAACUACAGACUCGUCACAAUGACCCGCGCACAGCAGACUAUUUCUAUUGCACUCCUUGUGAGCUCGCUCUACCUUUCCCUCUACCUCGAAUUGGUUCCCCUCCCGGCUCUUGUCCAGACAGCGAUUGUGCCUGUGCUCCCCUUCUGGGCCCUCGUCUCCUUCGGCGCCUGGGUCCUCUUCCGCCUCGGCUGGGGCAUGCUCACCUUCCACGACACGCCCGAGGCCUACAAGGAGCUGAUGGAGGAGAUCAAGCUUGCACAGGCGGACUUGAGGGCUAAGGGCGUCAGUGUUGAUUAAGCGGUGUUGUUGCCAGCGGAAGGGGGCAAGAUUGGUGAAAUGGGCAGAUACGGAAUCAUGCAAAAGAAAGAGGAAGAAAUUAUUAAGGAAGUUAUGGGGUAAUGUUUGGGUGGGUGCAUGUGGAAGAGGUAGUGUCGAAAACAAGAUAAUGAGAUCAAAGCAACGCUGUUGCGGGAGACGUGUGGUAAAUGUGCCUUAUGAGUGGUAUUCAAGCCCUCAAGCACGCCAUGGAAGCUCGAAGAGGCCGUAAUGCAUAUAAGUCUGAUGC